UUCAUUAAAUAUCUUAUCAAAUAUUAAUAAUGCUCAUCUUUUGAAAAACUUAAAAAACCAAAGUUUCCCAAAUUGUAAGGUAUUAUUAAGAAACCAUUUUUGUCAUUUUCUUUCUUUGAUGAAGUCUACACCAACUGUAACCAAAAAAAAAAAAAAAAAAAAACAAACAAACAAAACGGUGACACAGUAACACAGAGAGAGAGAGAGAGACAAGUAUCACUAACCACCAUGGCUACCACCGCCAUUGUUAGGUCUCCAAAACUCCCCUUACCUCUACCCGAAACAACAACCACUUCAAAUCUCCAAUCCCUAAACCACAACAACACUUUCUUAUUCACUCCUUUACAUAAUAAACGACGUCGUUUUAUCUCGAUCUAUGCUUCCACCGACAGUACCGGUUCCAGUGACCUAAGCAACAAUGCAUUUGGAGGUGAAAUUAAGAAAGGACAAGCAAUUGAGCUUAAUAAAGUUAAUGAUGAUAAUCCUUAUGAAUUCAAUGCUAAGGAUUCACCUAAUCCCCUUCCAAGGCCAUUAACUUCGGCUGAUUUGAGCAAUAUGGCGUCUGAAGGUUCUCGUCUUCGGGUUGCUUAUCAGGGUGUGCGUGGUGCUUAUAGUGAAUCAGCGGCAGAGAAAGCAUACCCCAACUGCGAAGCAGUUCCGUGUGAACAAUUUGAUACUGCUUUUGAAGCUGUUGAAAGGUGGCUUGUUGAUAGAGCAGUUUUACCAAUUGAAAACUCUUUAGGGGGGAGUAUCCACAGGAAUUAUGACCUCUUACUGAGACACCGUUUACAUAUAGUUGGAGAAGUCAAACUAGCAAUUUCGCACUGUUUGCUGGCUAACAAUGGCGUCAAAAUUGAAGACCUGAAAAGAGUUCUUAGCCAUCCGCAGGCUCUUGCUCAGUGUGAGAACACAUUAACGAAGUUGGGAUUGGUCAGAGAAGCUGUGGAUGAUACUGCUGGUGCAGCCAAGUAUAUUGCUUUCAACAAACUCAAAGAUGCAGGGGCAGUUGCAAGUCUGGCUGCGUCUAGGAUCUAUGGUUUGAAUGUGCUUGCACAAGAUAUUCAGGAUGAUUCUGAUAAUGUCACCCGCUUCCUUAUGCUGGCCAGGGAGCCCAUCAUUCCUGGUACGGAUAAACCAUUCAAGACAAGUGUAGUUUUUUCGCUUGAUGAAGGUCCUGGGGUGCUUUUCAAGGCACUUGCUGUUUUUGCUAUGCGAAAUAUCAACCUUACUAAGAUUGAGAGUCGUCCGCUGCAAAAGCAGGCUUUGCGGGUGCUUGAUGAUAGUCUAGAUGGAUUUCCAAAGUACUUCCCUUACCUUUUCUAUGUUGAUUUCGAAGCAUCAAUGGCCGAUCAAAGGGCUCAAAAUGCUCUGGGGCAUCUAAAGGAAUUUGCUACCUUUUUACGAGUUUUAGGGAGUUACCCUUCAGAUAGUGGAAUAGCUUGACAUUUACAAGUGGAAGUAAAUUAUUGUUGAUAUGGGAAGAGGAGAAUGAGAGUAGAGGACACAGAAUCCUCAAAUUAAAGAUAACCAGAAGAGGAGACAUAUUCUAGAAAGUAGCAUACAUUUUAUCUCUUAGUUGAAAGUUGAAACCUAGCUAUUCCAUGAUAGAGCCGAAAUCAGAUAAACAACUUGCAAGGGAUCUUCUUUCCACGACUCCAAAAUCAUAAAUUAAGCAGUCUGUUAGUGUACUAGACAGCUGAGUUGUAAUCACCUCCCACCUCUCAGGGCAAAAUUAAGAAAAGAGUGAAGACAAAAUAGUGAAAGAAGGGUUGUGGGGUAUCAGUAAAGGCUGAAAACGGCAUUAUGGCUGGGGUUUGUUCAUUUGUAAUUUCUGUAUUAUGUGUGCUGUGCAUGGCAACCUUAAGGGGCAAUUUGCUAGCUGGAAUUGUUUUUUGCUGAGGGAAAAUCAAGGAAACCCGCAAGGGUGGCUCAGUUGGUUAAGCAUGGGGCUUCUAAUGGAGGUCUCAGGUUCGAAACCCGCUGCCUACGAUAGCAGAGGGGAUUUGCCUUCUGGGUCGAGCUUGUCGCAAGGGGCUUGCCUAGUGCGGGUUAUCUCUCCUGUGUGGUUUGUGGGCGCAGGAGCGGGGUUUACCCUGUGCGCACCCGAAGGGUAGUGGCUGCGGGUUCCCUUGUCAUCAAAAAUCAAGGAAAAUAGAAGCUUUGCUCAAUAAAACAUAAGAAAAAAAGGAACAGGAAGGUGAUAUAGUUCACAUUUUUGCUAAUAGAAAAUUUCUUUUCGCUACUCUUUUUUUUCUUAAUCAAAUAUAAAGAAGUUACCUUUGGAUAGAACUUUCCAUUGUUUGAUGUAUUCAAUCAACUCAUGAGAACCAUGUAAAGAGACGAAGCCAAUAAAGAGAAAGACACAUUAAAGUUCAGUCUACAAGGAGAAACUUCUAAUUAAAGAAAGAAUACUCUAAAUUAACGUAUCAAAAAAUGGAAAGACUAUUCUAGGUUGUCGACAACUUAGUUCUGAACGCAACUCUAGCGUUGUCCCUGACACAGUGAACACAUGUUCAUUCCUCUUUGAUUUGGUGAAAGAAUAAGUCAAGUUCUCGGGAUGAAGUUAGAGGAACCUUUGUAGACCCUUUUAUGGGGUUUUGUGAGGAUGAUUGGUUUAGUUAAAGGAAAAGUGGCUUUUUCUCUGGUGAAUUGCUUCCUUAGAUUACACAGAAUAUGAUAAAACCUUGUCUCGUGUUGCUGUUUUUGCAAAAUCACCAGUUUGGUCGAGGGCAUCCCAACUGGAUUGACUGGGAUGACAGUUUUACCUUUCGAGUCUGUAAAAUCAGAAUUUCGAUCAAAUCACACAUCGCAGUAUAUUAGGCCUUCUAAUUCUUUAAGAGGUUUAUCUACAAAAUUCGCAAUAUAACUAGGAAGACGUUUUAAAUACCAUACAUUGGGUUACUGGGCAUGCGAGUUUAGCCCAUUUGAUACCUUCGUAUCCGAGAAUCAACAAAUUCGAAUCCGCAUUGUUCACAAAAUUUUGGGUCUUCUUUUUCAUCUCCGAUUACUCCAUAAUUUCCACAAGCACAAAUUCUGCUGUUUCUCUUGGUCUAGAAUAGGCGUCAUCUGCGGUUGGCCCGUCGUAUUGCAUCUAUGAGAUAUGACGUGUCAGUAUAACAAAUAAGAAAAUUACACGUGGAAACAAAGAAAAACUUUCUUUUCUCU